AUGAAUGGGAAAAUCUGGAUUUUUGCGGAGGAGGGAGACAACUUUGAGAUUGAGAGUGACACGGAACAACUCCUCCAUGGGCGCUACUUUUCUCCCCGAUUGGCAAGGCAUGUCUAUAUUUCGGUUGUCUAUGCAAAGUGCACACGGGCAGAAAGGUAUGCACUUUGGGAAAAGAUGAGGGAAAUCUCGCAUAUGCCCGAGGGUUAUCCUUGGUUGAUCGGGGGUGAUUUCAACACUAUCCUCUCACCCCGGGAUAGAGUCGGGAGUGACACCAACAGACAAGCUGAAAUGGUUGAUUUUGCGGAGGCUAUUGAGGACUGCAGACUGCUUGAUCCGGGCUUUGACGGUGCGGACUUCACAUGGGCAAAGAAUGGCCUUUUUGAGAGGCUGGAUAGAAUUCUUCUAAGCGAAGCGUGGUCUCCUUUGUUCGAUGCAACACGGGUGUCCAACCUCCCUAGGAUUUCAUCGGAUCAUGGACCGGUCCUAGUGAGGUGCAAGAUGAGGAACGACCAAAAUGGGGGUAGAGCUUUCCGGUUCCAAAACAUGUGGACUCGGCAUGAAGGGUUCAUCGGCCUCGUUCACGAUGAGUGGUCUCAACCGCGGGGGCCGUGGGAAUGCUCAACCUCCAAAUUAAGCUCUCGAGAAUUAAAAAGACCCUGA